AUGGCGUCGGUAUCGGUUCGCAGCGUCCACAAGUCCUUCGACGACCUCGCCGUCAUCCACGGCGUCUCGAUCGACAUCAACGACGGCGAGUUCCUGGUUCUCGUCGGCCCGUCGGGCUGCGGCAAGUCGACGCUGCUCAGGAUGAUCGCCGGCCUUGAAGACAUCAACGACGGCGAGAUCGCGAUCGGCGACACGGUGGUCAACGACAUGGCGCCGAAGGCCCGCGACGUCGCCAUGGUGUUCCAGAACUACGCCCUCUACCCGCACAUGACGGUGCGCCAGAACAUGGGCUUCAGCCUGCGCCUGCGCCGGGAAGACAAGAACAUGAUCCGCGAACGGGUGGACAGCGCCGCCCAGAUCCUGGGGCUGACGCAGCUGCUCAACCGGCUGCCGCGCCAGCUCUCGGGCGGCGAGCGCCAGCGCGUCGCCAUGGGCCGCGCCAUCGUGCGCGACCCGCAGGUGUUCCUCUUCGACGAGCCACUCUCCAACCUCGAUGCCAAGCUCCGCGUGCAGAUGCGGACCGAGAUCAAGGCGCUGCACCAGCGGCUCAGGACCACCUCGGUCUACGUCACCCACGACCAGGUCGAGGCGAUGACCAUGGCCGAACGCAUCGUGGUGAUGAACCUCGGCCGGGUGGAACAGGUGGGCCGCCCGCUCGACCUCUACGACCGGCCGGCCAACCUGUUCGUCGCGGGCUUCAUCGGCUCGCCGGCGAUGAACUUCAUCGACGCCUCCAGCACCGCCGAGAGCGACGCACCGGCCUUGACGGCGGCGGACGGCACCGCGCUGCCGCUCCCGCCGGGCACCCGCGUAGGCGGAGGACAGCCGCUCGUCUACGGCGUGCGCCCCGAAGACCUGGCGCUCUCACCAAACGGUGCGGGCGUCGAGGCCACGGUCUCAGUGGUCGAGCCGACCGGCUCAACCACGCUCGUUUUUUGCGAGAUGGCUGGCCAAGAAAUCUGCGUCGAGUUCAAGGAGCGGCACGACUUCAACCCCGGCCAGACGAUCCGGCUGAUGCCGCGCCUCGAAGCCCUUCACCUGUUCGAUCGAGAGACCGGCCAGCGCCUCAGCGACUGA